AUGAACGAACCCGAGCUCAAUGAUUUGUCCGACGACGUCGAUUAUGCCGCAUCAAUUCAACAGGGUUCUGCCAGCAUAAUGCGGAGUGACAGCGGGAGCCGGAACCCGUUGGAGGGCUCGGAGGUGGUGUUUACGAAGGAAGAUGUGGCGAUUCAUCCCAGUCAGUACAAGAACGAGAGAAUUAGUGGUCGGUUGAUAUUGACCAAGCAAUGGGAUUCUCUUUUCAUGACAUGGAUUCCCUACAAAGGCCAUAAUUCAAAUGACAGGUUGUCUGAGGAAGAUAAGAAUCUCUAUACUAUAAUGUCUGUGCCAUUUGCUGAUAUUCAUUCCAUAAGUAAACACGUGCCAGCACUGGGUUGGUCAUUUAUUAUUGUAGUUAUGUCAUCAGGACUAGCUUUCCCUCCAUUUUAUUUCUACAGAGGAGGUGUUCGAGAUUUUAUCGCCACCAUCAGGCAGCAUGUUUCACUUGCAAAGUCAGCCGAAGACCCCAAUGUAUUUCUUGUGAACGAUUUUCGGGAUCCUCUGCAGCGUACACUAUCUUCCUUGGAGCUUCCUCCUACUAUUUCUGUAACAAAUACUCAUUUUCCUGUAAGUGGAGGUAAUGAGUCGCACAACAGUGGUGAUCUAGAGAGGGCUGCAUCCCAAAACAAUUCUGGUAAUGUUCAGCAAAAUGGCAGACAGAUGCAAAAACAUAACGACCCUGCUCGCGAUCUUUCAAUACAAGUAUUGGAGAAAUUUUCACUCGUUACCAGAUUUGCUCGUGAAACCACCUCCCAACUUUUCCGCGAAACCAACAUUGAUGGAUUUAUUCGUAAUGAUGGGAGGAAGCAUGAUCGUAAUGAUGAGAGGAAGCAUGAUCAGUUGACUCCUCUUUUCCAACCCAUCACAGCAACAAAUGAUUCUCCAAAAGUUCCCGAUGCGGUUUCUGUCGAAUCUGAACCAUCUGAUCCAGUAAUAUUCUAUAAAGCAUCUCUGAUAUGGGGAAAACCACGUCAGCCGCCACUUGGGAAAGAAGAGUGGACCACCUUCUUGGAUGAAGAAGGGCGAAUACUGAAUUCAGAAGCAUUCAGAAAGCGAAUCUUUUAUGGGGGAGUAGAUCACGAUCUGCGGAAAGAGAUUUGGACGUUCUUACUAGGAUUGCAUGCAUAUGAUUCAACAUAUGCCGAGAGGGAGUACCUUACGUCAGUGAAGAAGUCAGAAUAUGAAAUUAUAAAAAAGCAGUGGCAGAGUAUAUCGGUGGAGCAGGCAAAAAGAUUUACAAAGUUCAGAGAGAGGAAAGGUCUUAUCGACAAGGAUGUGGUAAGGACUGACAGGUCGCUGUUAUUCUAUGAUGGAGAUGACAAUCCAAAUGUGUAUAUCUUACGUGAUAUACUCUUAACAUACUCAUUUUACAACUUUGAUUUGGGAUAUUGUCAGGGUAUGAGUGAUCUUCUGUCCCCAAUCUUGUAUGUCAUGAGAGAUGAAUCGAAAUCCUUCUGGUGCUUUGUUUCCCUUAUGGAGCGUCUUGGACCUAAUUUCAAUCGUGACCAGAGUGGGAUGCAUUCUCAACUUUUUGCAUUAUCAAAGCUGGUAGAAUUAUUGGACACCCCACUGCACAACUAUUUCCAGCAAAAUGAUUGCUUGAACUAUUUCUUCUGUUUCCGCUGGAUUUUGAUACAGUUCAAGAGGGAAUUCGAAUACGAACAGACAAUGCGCCUGUGGGAAGUUUUAUGGACUCACUAUCAGAGUGAACACCUUCACCUCUAUGUUUGUGUUGCGAUCCUCAAGAAACACCGUGGUAAGAUAAUGGGGGACCGCAUGGAUUUCGAUACGCUGCUUAAAUUUAUCAAUGAACUGAGUGGUCAGAUUAACCUUGACGAGAUCUUAAGAGAUGCGGAAGCUUUGUGUAUAUGUGCCGGUGAAAAUGGUGCAGCUUGCAUACCUCCCGGAACUCCACCUUCCCUGCCAAUCGAGGAUGGAUCUGUGUAUCCUCAACAAGAUGACGUGUUGUAG